UUAGUCUCUUGAGUAAGAUUGAAGAGUAAAAUAGGAGUAUACUAUAGCUACUAGAAUCUAGUAGUAGAUCUACUCUAGUACUAAGGAAGGAUUAGGAGUGUAAGACCGUAACAAACAUUUUGUUAUUAUGGGAAACUCAGAAUCUUCUUUACCGCCAGUUCUACGUAUAACUUUAGUUCCAGUCAAUCAAACUCAAAGUCUGUAUCGAUCAAAUAUUCAUGAACAGAUUUCAGGACCCAUUUCUUGUUUCAUCCCAUCUGAAAUAAAACAGGGAGAUAAGAUUAAAAUACACAUUGCCACCACCAAAACUUUUGAAAGUUUCAGCGUAAAUUUGGGACCAAAUCCUGACAUCAAUGAAGACUGCCAUUUUCAUUUCAACCCUAGGAAUACUUUUAACCCCAAAUUUACUGAUGGAUUAAUUGUAUUGAACAGCAGAGUAAAUGGAAAAUGGCAAACAGAAGAACACUGGAGAAACAUGCCCUUUACAAGAAACCAAACAUUCAUCAUAGAGAUAGCCAUUACUGAGCAAUCUUUUAUUAUAUACGUGAAGAGAUCAGAAGAAGAAAACACCUCCCCAUUCUAUUCAUUUCAACAUAGGGUUGAUUGCUACAAAAAUAAAUAUAUAAUUAUACAAGGGGACAUUUUAGUCAGCAACAUAGAAUUUUUAGACAGUGAUAAGAGAAAUGAAAAGGCCAGUGACCCGCCCUCAUAUGCGUCAUUGAUGCAAGUAUACAGAAAGGAAAGAAAAGUAGAUAUUUAUGGACCACAUGAGUUCUUGUGAUUAUUCUUAAAACAUUUUUUAGCCAAUUUAAUAUUCAACUGGUGUCAUCUUAAGUAUUUAAAAUGAAAUCGAUGUCUGUCUGUUUAAAAGUUUAUGACAGAAGAUGCUCUAGAUCUAGUCUAUAGUAUUGAAACUCACUGAAAUCACUGAUAUGUUGUUGUUUUUUUUACUUUUCUUCCUGAGACUUUACAUUUUCUUUAUGAACUCUGUCUUUCAUGCGUAGUAGCUAGUCCGCAAUACUUCAUCUUCUUGAAAAUGUUCAUGGCAGAUCUUAAAUUUAAAUAUAGUUUACUAUUAAUAUUUUUGAAAUGAAAUGUAAAGUGUAAACAAAUAUAUAAUAUAAUUUCUAACAUUUACUAGAAUAAUUUGGUACAUAUAUGACAUAUCUAAUAAUAACUGCCUAACAGUCUAUCUAUACUUCUAUUUAGAAUCUACUAGACUGGUAACUGCCUGCCUAUCUGUACCUAGUCGAUUUACGGAUUGUGCUGGGGUUGUUGCCAGAUGGAUUAGUUGGUUACUAAAAAAAAGUAAAUAAAACAAAAUGUAUUUCUUAUAUACGUGUAUGUACACCUAUUUUGUUAAAACAAAACAUAGUGACUAUUGGGAAUAUAGAUCAUUUCUGUACAUUUGAAUCUGUUGUAUAGAUCGAGUUUGUUAAUAAUAAAAUAUUUUUGUUUUGUCUUAACUCUGACAAAUUGUAAUAAAAUGUAAAAAAUCAUCUUUUGAUUUUUUUUUUAAUUUGCUGAUGUUUUGUAUUAUUACUAUUUGUGUGGGUGUGUGCCAUUAUGUCUUAAUAUACCGGUACCGGUAUGUUGCUGUCGAAAAACCUUUGCUAUCUAUCCACUUUUAGUAGGGACAGCGUCAGUGUGGCUUGAAUCCCAGCAUAUUGAAAAUGAAUGUAUCAUCAAGAAGGUAUAGAGAGUUGGUAUGACUCAAGACAUGAGGAACUAGAGAGUGUGGUGUGAGAAGCAUUUUGAUGAGCCUCCAUGUACUUCCAAAAGAGCACUGUUUAAUACAUCAAUGAUGACAAACUUUGGAUGUUAUGUAGAAUAGAUAUAUGUUUUAUUCUGUUCUCUAUUCAAGUAUAUUUUUGUAAUUUUGCAUAACUGUUGACCCUAAUGCUAUUUUUAUAGAGAACAUUUAAAGUUGUUAUAUAUUUUUUUUUAUUUCAUGUAAAUAAAUUUAUAUUAUGUUUAUAGAAACA